AUGUUCCAAGGAUCAGCGUUCUUGGUGGUUGUUUCAGAAGAAUUCACUGAAGAAGAAGUGAAUGAUACUGUGUCGAUGCUUGAACAGAAUAAUGCUAAGGUUUUCAUAAAGGAAGAACACGACAAUGAGGUUAAUUAUUUGGGAACCGAAGCUGUAUCAAACACACCUAUAGAUCAUAUUAUAUGUAAAACAGUCGAGUUUAUUGAAUACAAUUUAGCUCAGAUAUCCAUGAUUCCUAUAACGACCCCUGAAUGGGUAUUUGACUCUGUAAGCCGAGCUAAGAUUUCGAAUCCUAAGGUUUACAGUCCUGAUCCUAAAUUGUUCUUAAAGGACACAUUUGUAUGUGUUGCUGAUAAUUUACCGGUGGGAGAUAAGGAAGCUAUUUAUGGGGGAGUGAGAGCCUUUGGUGGCCAAUAUUUGGAUGAUUUGACGAGAUAUACUACGCAUUUGAUUGCAAUGGAUAUGAAUAACGACAAGAGUGUGAUUGCCACGAGUGCAAUCAAUACAACUCAAGAUAACGGUGAUAAAAUAGAUAUUAAGAUUGUUUUGCCCCAUUGGAUAGACGAUUGCUUGAAAAUGGGGAAAAAAUUAGAUGAAGAGCCUUACAUGUUGCCAUCACCUUCCUUGUUGAAUCGAACACUGGGAGCUAUCGAUUCGCCUGUAAUUACGGAUGAUGAUAUUUUACCUAUCAAUUCAAGUAAGUCAAGCUUCUUGGAUAAUAAGCUAUUCUAUAUUAGCCCAGACUACAACAUAUCUGACAGAUUAACGAAUGCUAUAGGCGCGUUAAUCAAGAAACAUGGUGGUAAAGUAACGACGCAAUUCAACCCCAAAGUGGUUGAUAUCUAUAUUGGACAAUAUAGAGCAGGCGAACCCUACAUUUCGAGUUGCAAAUCAAAUCGUAUAAUAGUUGGUAAUUUACAAUGGCUUUAUUCAAUAAUAGUGACUAACAAAUGGAAGCUCCCUAUAAAUUCGAACUUGCUUCAUUAUCCAAUACCUCCUACUCCAAUACCAGAGUUUCAAAAGUUAAAAAUUUCGGUUACCAACUAUAGUGGCGACGCAAGAUUUUACUUAUCGAAGUUGAUCACCAUAUUGGGUGGCACUUUUACUAAAACAUUAACUCGUGAUAACGAUUUCUUAGUUGCUGCAAAACCUGAAGGUAAAAAAUAUGAAGCAGCUAACGUGAAAUGGAAAUCAGAAGAUGGCAAUAAUAUUAAGAUUGUUAAUCACCUUUGGCUAGAAGAGUGUUUUGCUAAUUGGAAAUUAAUCGAGUAUGAAAGACCACAGUUCCAAUUUUUAGGAAACAAUGCAAAUGGUGUAGAGAAGUUAUUAUGCAAAACCAAGUUAAACCAGAAUGUGCUUGAGAACUGGUAUAAUCUAGAUAACAUGGCAAGCGAGAAGGAAAAUGUGGCUGAUAGUAUGAGUGAGGAUGAAUCAACGCAACCAAAAAAUCGUCUAAAUACGAAGACCAAUACCACUAACAAGUCACCUCUGACUAAUGAUAGUAUAACGGACGAAAAUAUAGAAGAGAAAGAAGAAGAAGAAGAAGAAGAAGAAGAAGAAGAAGUAAACAACAACAUAUUAAAGCAAAAGAGGAUGAAUCAAUCAAGUCUGCCAAUGCAAAAGUAA